CUCGUAACGUACGUCGCGUCGACACACGCAGAUUUUCCUACACCGAAUAAAAAAAAAUAUACUUUUUUAAUUUGUUCGUCUAGAUGAAAGAGUCAUGGAUAAGUCCCUAGAUGACAUAAUCCGGGAAAGGAAAACAUCUAAAACUUCUACCUUUCAGACCCGUUUGGGGAGGGGGAGAGGUAGAGGGGGAGGAGGUAUAAGCAGGGGUGGGAGAGCACCUCAAGCGAACCCCAGGGGCCAGAACAGAGGGAGGGGUAGAGGCAGUUGGCAAAAACAACAAUUCCAGGAAAAACCGCCAGUGAUCGUUGAUGCAAGACAGAAGCUGAUCCAGAAAGCCCACCAAGGUGAUGCCCGGGACCGACUUGCCAAGAAAGCAAGGCAGACCGAUGCAAGGGAGAAGCUGACAUCGAAGAAGAGGAAUGCAGAUGGACAGGUGGUGGGGCAACCAAGGAGUAGUGGAGGACAACUAGGGAGUGGUGGGGGCCAACCGAGGGCUAGUGGGGAGCAACUACCAUCUCCUAGUGCCUCUCAGAGCAGACCCCUUGCCAGAACAGUGCCAAAUUUGGGUUCAACCUUUACUGUGCGUAACCCUGCAAGAGUGCAGAACAAGACGCAGAUCACCAUCCGGAACCCACCUCAGAAGGAAUCCCCAUCGCCUAUUUCCAUGGCAUCCUCUCACCAUGGUAACUCCACUCGUCAGAGCAGCAAUCCCUUACUGGCUGGUAGCAGUACUCUCAGAGUCACCAAGGCUGUCCCUCAACCUCAAAAGGUGCAGAGACCACCAGUAGUUGACUAUCCACACUUUGAUGAUGACUUAUUAAGUACUCCGCAACCAAAUCCCCCUAAGGUACAGCGACGCACACCAGAAAGUGUUAUGGCACAGAAUAGAGCCUGGGCUUCAGGACUCUCAGCCAGACUGCAUGCCCAUACUCAUACCCCGCCCCCAGGAACAAGACUCAUUAUCUCCAACCUGCAGAUCAGUGUUACCGUGGACGAUAUCAAGGAAUUAUUCGGAGCCAUUGGCGAAUUGACCAAGACUAGGAUGGUGAGACCAGGUUUGGCAGAGGUAAUCUACGUCAGCAGGACUGAUGCCCUUCAGGCAAUAAGCACUUAUCACAACCGGGAGCUUGACGGGAAGCCCAUGCUCUGUAAACUGGACACAAGCACCAUUCCUGAGGCAUCCGGGAACAGGACUAUGCCGAAUUCACUCAGUGACAGAUUCAAGACCAUGAGACCAGAGAACAAUCCAAAGCUACCCUUUGAAACCAUGCUAAAAGGAGGUGUACCUUCAGGCAUAGAUCCAGGAGUUGUCCAGAAAGCCCUCUUCAAGAAAGGAGCAGCUCCAUCAGCUCAGAAACCAGUGGUUUUCACAGUGAAAAUAUGACUUCAAACCCUCAUAUUUCGGUUAUUUCACAAACAUUGAGUCAGUUGUUUCUAUCCCCCUUGUUCUUAUGCCUGUUUUGUACGUUUAAUUUUAUGAAAAUAAUAUUGAUAUGAGAAGGAGAUUGCAUAUUCGGACUCUAUGAUCAAACGCUGGACAGAUGUGAUUGAUGAUGGCUUUGCUGUUUAUUGAUCAGAAACAUACAGAGUUUGAUGUUUCUCUGACUCAGUAAUUAGAAUGCUGUAUCUUCAAUUUUGUGAAGUUUUGAAAAGAUAGGAAAGGUGACAUUCCCCCCAUUUUUCUCCCUUUAGAUGGAUGAUAGUCUGGAUUUCCAUUUCCCAUGUAGGAAACCUAAUUGAUAAUAAUUGGAUGUAUGUUCAUUCAUUUCAUUUCAUCUUAUUUUCCACAAAUCAAUCAAAAUACAAAAAAAACAUAUAACUCAUUCCGAAAUAGUAUGCAUAAUUGCAAUAUAUAUGCAGAUUCAAAGUGGAUUGAUGUUGUCAGAUCCUACGAGAUCAGUGUACUUGGAAUGCCUCAAACUAUCUAGUUAAAUAUCUGAUUUUGAAUGUUCAUUUCCUUCACUAGAAUAACGUUUAAAAUUGAUGUAGUAUAAUUGUGUAUCUAUGAUGUUUUCCUUUUUCAGAGAAACGUGUUUUAGAAACCACCUGACUAAUUUUAUGAUUUGUUUUCUUUGAGAAUGUAGCAUUAGCACUGUAAAUCAGUAUGCUGUGUUACAAGUUCAUGCAAUAAACAAUUAAGAGUUGGAAACUAGAAAGAGUAAAAGACAUCAAAUAUUGUAUCAUUGUUUUGCAAAUAAAGUUAUCUAUGCCAAAUCGAAUCUCUGGACCAUGUCACUGUGAUAAAAGUGUAAAAUACUGGAAUAAUGAAUGAAUGGCUGCAAUAGAUAGUGAUGUAUGGGAAUUGUGUGGCUAGACCGUAGUCAUGAUCAUAGGGUAAAUUGUCACUUUUCUAUGCCCAUGUAGAUUACUCUCUGUGGUCUCAACCCAGGUGGUCUCACCCCAUUUUUGUCUGCAACCAGUUUGUCUACCACCUGUUUGGUCUUCUAGCAAUUGCCACAUAUUCCUAUUUCCAUAUAGGCUAUACCCAUUUUGUUUAUAAUUCACAUGGUCUAACAUCAGUUGGUGUGACACCACUAUGUCUAACACCACUAAGUAGAACACCAUUAGUCUAUGUGAUUAGAUAAACUGUUCAUGAACAGAACUUUCAUUUUACAAAGUCUGAAUAAGUAAGAUGAGGUGGAAAUUAGACUAUCUGAGUUUUAGAGUAAGUAAUUGAAGUUAGCCAAAAUUAGUGUUAGACCAAUUGAUGGUUAGACCAAGUUGAAAUUGACCAAAUUUGUGGUUUUUAGACAAUCUCAGAAGUAAACAAUUGCUUGUACAGCAAGUGGAUAUACCUAUCAACAUACUUUUAAAAAGUUCUCUUCCAUCAUUGAAUUGGUUUUGUUCUAUUUUGGAUGCAUUGAUUCUAUUUCAAAAGUUAUGCUGAUUUUUACAUCUGAAACUUGCAAUCAAUUCCAUAAAAUAACCUUUUUGUAUGUCCAAACCCCCUUUUUUCUCAAGUUUUACUUCACUUCAUAAACUGACCAAGUUCUGGUCCUUUGAGAGCAUUACAGACUGUCAACAGAACCGGAAAUUAGGGACAGAAAACGUCAUGAAGGUCUCACAUAUAGGGGGUCGGACGUACAUUAAGUUCCUUAAUCAAUCAUAAAUGGUGUGAUUGAUUACAAAGAAGCUCCAUGCCCUGUUCCUUUUGUAUGUACAUUUUUUUAUCAGUUGCAUGAUAUGAAUGAUAUUUUUCUAAAAUGUUUGUACGACUAACAUGUAUACUGUAUAUGAUUUUUUGAAAUAAAUUUGAUUGGGUUAGUGACGGUUUAAAAGGUAGAUUAGGCAGAGGGUGGGGUGUGUUUGGAAGGUGUUAAGUUUCAUGAAUAUGACCAACAAUUGAAAUUUUUAUGUCUGGCUAGAGACCCAUGAUGAAUUGUGUAAUAUUCUAGGAACCAUAAUUACCAUUGAGACAAUAUACCCAAUAUUUUUCAUAUUCAGUGAGAAAAACGUGUUGAGAACGAUUUGCAUGUAUUUGGUAUUUGUGCCAGAAUGUUUGAGUUCUCAUCUAACACAUACACUGUAUAAUUAUGUAUACUAUAUUCCUGUAUACAUGUUGUAGAUUGACAUGGGUUGUAGGAUACUGCAAGAAAGAAAGCUUCAAAUAAUGUAUGUAGAAGAGUUGUUACUGUUUAUGUGAUUGUACAUAGGUAAUAUACAAUGAGACAUAUUCAUGGUAUUCUCUAGCAAAUAGAAAUUGAAGUACAUGUGUCUAAACGUCUUGGAUGUUUAUUUUUACGUACAUGUAUUCUUGAGCUUUUCUUCAGGAUGUUAUAUGUUGAAAAUAUUUAUCUAUGUAUGUUUUUUCUGUGUACAUUGAAUGUUGAAAAUAACCAUAUCAGCUGAAGUUCUUUUUCAUAAUAAAAACUUAGUUGAGCUUUGUCAAGAAAAGAAGAAGAAAAAAAGCACAAUCUCAAUUGAAUUUCAUAUUUUACCUUUUUUUCAUCCAUAGGAAUGGUUGAUAUCAACUUCAGUGUUGAAAGCUGGUGGUGGUUUUGGGAUGAUUUUACACUAGCCAAAGCACCAAACUUGAAGUAAAGCAGGUGCUUGGGACAGACACAACUUGUUACUUCUUUGGUGUACAUAAUGAAUUUUGACUCUGGAGAGAUAUAUGUUAGGCAGUCAGAUACAUGGUCCUAAGUUCUAACACAACACUAACACCCAUGCUAGCACCAAACUUUAAAUCAACACAUGCAUUUUAUGUUAAGAGAGUUUCUGAAUAGUUUAAUGAAGAUAAUAUGGCACUCCAUCUUAAAUCCACCAAUUAUUGUAUGAUACUUUAAUAGAGUUUGUUGGUAUUUUUUUUAUCUCAAAGCAAAGAAUGGUUAUUCUGAAGCAAAUUUGUGGAACUUUGUGCAAAAUGUUAUCUCCUGGCACAAAUAUGACUAAUAGUAGCUUCUCUGAAAAUAUUUAGGCUUGCAUUUACCGUUGGUGGUCAAAUAUGGGAAGUAUGUACAGAUCUUUUUUUAUUAAAAUAAAUUGAAUGUCUCCUUGUGAAUUGGAAACAAAA